GGGAGGUGGUGCCACGGGGCGCGCGCUGGGGUUGAGGCGUCACCCUGGCGACUGGCAGCUGGCACUUGGGCUGACAGCGCCUCCUCAUCCUCCCCCGGCCACUGUCUUGGUGGCACUGUUGUCAUGCUGUUUUCCUCAGAGCGCACCCACCCCGCCUCUGACCGGUUGCUGCCAGCCCCGAGCCCCCCCGAGAGCCACAGCCAUGAGCAACGGGUGCAAGGACCACCUCGGUGCCGGCGGCUCAGAGCCACUGCCGGUCGUCGUCAUUGGCAAUGGUCCCUCGGGCAUCUGCUUGUCCUACCUGCUCUCCGGCUACACACCCUACGUGAAGCCGGACGCCAUCCACCCACACCCUGUGCUGCAGAGGAAGCUCACUGAGGCGCCGGGGGUCUCCGUCGUGGACCAGGACCUGGAUUACCUGUCCGAAGGCCUUGAAGGCCGGUGCCAAAGCCCCGUGGCCCUGCUGUUUGAUGCCCUCCUGCGCCCAGACACAGAUUUUGGGGGCAACGUGGAGUCUGUCCUCACCUGGAAGCGCCAGAAGGAGCGAGCCAUCCCCCACCUGGUCCUGGGCCGGAACCUGCCAGGGGGGGCCUGGCAUUCCAUUGAAGGCUCCAUGGUGACCCUGAGCCAAGGCGAUUGGAUGGGGCUUCCGGACCUGCAGGUCAAGGACUGGAUGUGCAGGAAGCGAAGAGGUCUUCGCAACAGCCGGGCCACGGCCGGCGACAUCGCCCACUACUACAGGGACUACGUGAUCAAGAAGGGCCUGAGCCACAAUUUCGUGUCUGGCGCCGUGGUCACGGCCGUGGAGCGGGGGACGCCCGAGUGCAGCGGCCCAGGGGCCCGGGACCCCAGCCCCCUCUUCCAGGUGAACGGCUUCGUGGCCGCCAAGGACCAGAGCCAGCAGCCCUUCUCCCUAUGCGCCCGCAAUGUGGUCUUGGCCACCGGCACGUCUGACAGCCCAGCCCGGCUGGGCGUCUCCGGGGAGGCCCUGCCCUUCGUCCAUCAUGAUCUGUCGGCCCUGGAGGCAGCCACGCGGGCAGGCACCGUGUCCCCGUCCUCGGACCCCGUCCUCAUCAUCGGGGCAGGACUGUCGGCGGCCGACGCGGUCCUCUACGCCCGCCACUACAACAUCCCUGUGAUCCACGCCUUCCGCCGGCCCGUGGACGACCCCGGCCUGGUGUUCAACCAGCUGCCCAAGAUGCUGUACCCUGAGUACCACAAGGUGCACCAGAUGAUGCGGGAGCAGUCCAUCCUGUCACCCAGCCCCUACGAGGGCUACCGAAGCCUCCCUGAGCACCAGCCGCUGCUCUUCAAGGAGGACCGCCAGGCUGUGUUCCGGGACCCCCAGGGCCUCCAGAAGGUCUUUGGCAUUGCCCUGGCGUUGGUCCUCAUCGGCUCCCACCCUGAUCUGUCCUUCCUCCCGGGGGCAGGCGCUGACCUCGCCACGGACCCCAACCAGCCACUGAGCGCCAAGAGGAACCCCAUUGACGUGGACCCCUUCACUUAUCAGAGCAUCCACCAGGAGGGCCUGUACGCCGUGGGGCCACUGGCCGGGGACAACUUUGUGAGGUUCGUGCAGGGCGGGGCCCUGGCUGUGGCCAGCUCCCUGCUGAGGAAGGAGGCCAGGAAGCCGCCCUAGCACCUGGCCUGGCAUCCUUGCACCCAGGCCCUAAAGAGGAGGGGAGAGCACCACGGUCCUGCUGGAUGCAGAGCCCAUCCCAAGAUGCCCCAGUGAUAGAAGGGGGCCUCUCCUGGCAGGAGACAGGAGCCGCCCCGAGCCCAUGCAACAGCCCUCUCAGAUGAAGAGUGAGAAACCCAGGCUGCCAGGACUCAGACCACGGUGGAAACAGUGGCCACAGGACAGGGUAGGCCCAGACCUGUAAUUGGGGGUGAAAGCUGUCGGUGUGAGCUGGGAUCACUGGGGCCAGCUGAGCCCCGAGCCAGGAGGACCCCAGGCCCUGCUCUUUCCAGAAUCGGGUCCCAAAUAAAACCAGCGCCUGCC